AUUCCCAAGGUUAUCCUCUACAUUCGUCUCUUUGCUGCAUCCAAUGCAUCCGAGUGUACAUCAUUCUAAUGGACCUUAGCUCUUCCACUAGAGCCGGUACAUCGACGUACUCGUCUUCCUCAAGCUACGAUCCCCUGAGAGAGUACAGACUAUCGGAGUCCACCAGCCGAUCUGACGCUACUGAACGGUUCUUCGUCACGGGAAAACCCAGCCGAUCAGAAGAUUCAAUGGCUCGCCAGAUGAAACAGUGGGACAGAGAUUGGAGCAAGGUCUCAAGCCGACGCUGACAUUGACAAUGACAAUGACAAACCGGAGGGGUUGUUAGCCCAGCCAAUGCCAACCCGCUGUUUGGGCAUGUACGAAUAAGCUGUACAAUAGUUAGAAUGCGACUGGCGCGGGGGAGUACGGUGUACAGGGAUGGCUGGAUACAUAGAUCAAACGGCACUUCUUUGUUGUUCUUGUUUCGGCGAUCGGGAGAGCUAAGCUAGGCGCCGGCAUACGGCUACCGAGAUUCUGGGAUGGUCAAAUGUAUUUCUCACUCAAUGUUAAACGGAAUAGAUACCUGCUUUACAUAUGGCUGGUGACUCACU